UUCCAGUAUCCUGCGGUACUGGGAAAUGGGUAAAACGACGCCCAUAUAGAAGUGACUCGUAAAGCUGUUUUGUCUCAGUCUGUUUAGAAUCUUGUUCUCUAAUCAUUACUCCCUUAAGACCUAAAGUUACUUUAACUCUCUACAAUCAUGAAGUUCUUUAUUGCGGUGGGUAUUUUAGUAACGGUGAUAAAUAUAAUUGAAGCUCAACAUCAACAGAAUUAUCAACCUCAAGCCCAACCUCAACAGGCACAGCCACAACGUUACCAAGAGCCACAAUUGAAUUAUCAACCAUUUGCUCAAGCGCCAGCGAACAUAAAGCAAUUGUUGCAGCUUCAACAAGCACGUGAACCAGUGGUUCAUCUUCCACCACAGCCUGUCCCCAAUUUGGGACCAGCACAGCCUAUUAAACCAGUCCAGAUUGCCCAGGGUCAGCUGCCAGCCCAGGGUCAGCAUCAGUACCAACCUCAAGUGCAAUACGGUGCGAACCCUCAGCAGCCUAAUUAUGAAAAUCAAGCUGCUGCUUUCAAUGCUCAGUAUCAACAGCGUCAACAACCUCAAGCUGCUCCUGGACCUCAGUAUCAACAACCAAAUCCACAGUACCAAGGCUAAUUAAUAAUAAAGUAUUACAUCAUUUUUAAAUCAAUCACUAACUAAAUUUGAUAAAUAACAAAAAAAAUAAUAUUUCAUUACGUGACUUGUAAUAAAUUUAAAUAAAUUGUGCAGAAUAUUUAAAUGAAGAAAGUAAUUUUAAUAAAAAGUAAUUGUUGUAUCUAAUGAAAAAAUUUAUUGUUAUAAAAUAAAAAUUCUAACUGACUACAAUUAUCAUACAUAAGUUUCGUUUCGCUGACCCAAUGAAUCUGUACUAGAGUACACAAGUUUCCUGGAUCGUUUCUCCUGCACAAUUGCUUUCACUUGAACAUACUCACUCUUUCGGAAGGGGGCAAAUAGAGGAAUUCUGUUCAAUCUGUAUCUCGACUCUCAAUACAAUUCUACACCACGAUACUUACAUACAUACACACACAUAUAUAUUUAUAUACAUAUUAUUUUCGCGACCUGAUUGUAAAUCCAGUUAUAUUCAGUGCCUUUAUUCAUAUGCAAUUUUCUGCAAUAAUAUGAUUUACAUAAUUAAGAUCACUUACUUAUUUAUUAAACCAACAUCCACUUAAUAAAAACUGAUUUAAUUAACACUCUUAAUUAAAUUAAUUAAUUUAUAUAUUCAUUUAAAUAAUAACUUAAUAAUUUAUUAAUUAGGAGUAUCAAUGUAAUAGAGCAGUAUAAGAAAUGGACUGAAUUUAACACCGGUGUAACUUGGCG